CAAGGGUGUCUAGUGAAAAAAUCCCAUCCGAUAAAGCAACAUCCGAGAGAUGAAUCGGGGGGCGUUUGGCGUGGGGGUGAGAGAGCACUGAGCGGUGAGCUAAAUGUGAAAGUCGGCAAAUAUCGAAGCUCCGAAACGAAACACCAUGGCUCAGAAUCUUCAAAAGCUCGAAGACCUCGGAUCCAAGCUCGACUCUCUUCCCAACACUAAAGACUCUCUCGUUAAGCUCUUAAAGCAAGGUUCAACAUGCCUUUCUGACUUGGAUCAAUCACCCCCUAAAGCGGUUUUGGAAGCCAUGCAGUCUUUUCAAAAGGCUAUUGUUAAACCUGAACUUCUAAAGCAUCAAGAUAGGGAGGUUAAGCUUCUUGUUGCUACAUGUAUCUGUGAAAUAACAAGAAUUACAGCACCUGAGGCUCCCUACAAUGAUGAUGUUCUGAAGGACAUCUUUGAUUUGAUUGUGAGCACUUUCACUGGACUAAAUGAUAUGAACAAUCCAUAUUUUGGUAGAAAAGUUGUCAUUUUAGAGACUGUGGCGAGAUACAGAUCAUGUGUUGUAAUGCUGGAUCUUGAGUGUGAUGAUCUCGUCAAUGAAAUGUUCAGUAUUUUUUUCAGGGAAGCCAGAGAGGAGCACCCUGAAAAUGUUCUAAAAUCAAUGAAAACAAUUAUGGCUGUAAUCUUAGAAGAAAGUGAGGAUAUACGGGAGGAUCUUUUAGCUAUUAUUUUGUCUGCUCUAGGACGGAAUAAAAAGGGAGUAACAAUGGCUGGGAGGAGGCUUGCUGUGGAUUUGAUAGAACAAUGUACAGGAAAACUUGAACCUGGCAUCAAGCAAUUUCUUUUAUCUUCAAUGUCUGGAGAAAGUAGGCCACAUGAUUUUGAAAUAGAUUACCAUGAGGUCAUUUAUGACAUUUACGGUUGUGCUCCUCAAAUUCUAUCAGGAGUUGUUCCCUACCUGACAGGGGAGCUGCUGGCUGAUCAGCUAGAUGUACGAUUAAAAGUGGUUAGCUUACUUGGGGAUCUCUUUGCUAUGCCAAAAUAUGCAAUCACUGAAGCUUUUCAAUCAUUAUUUUUGGAGUUUUUAAAGAGGCUAACUGAUAGAAUUGUUGAAGUCCGGAUGUCUGUCCUUGAAAAUGUUAAAGGCUGUUUGCUCUGUGAUCCAUUUAGAGCUGAAGCUCCGCAGAUCAUUUCUGCCUUAUGUGAGCGACUAUUGGAUUAUGAUGAAAAUGUCCGUAAACAAGUAGUUGCUGUGCUCUGUGAUGUUGCAUGUCGUGCCUUAUCCUCAAUAGAGGUUGAAAGAAUCAAGCUUGUCGCUGACAGACUUCGAGACAAAUCUGUCCUUGUUAAAAGAUAUACAAUGGAGAGGCUAGCUGAGAUAUACAGAAAUUAUUGUUUGAACUGUUCUACUGACUCACAAAAAAGCUAUGAAUAUGACUGGAUCCCUGGGAAGAUCUUGAGAUGUUUUUAUGACAAGGACUUCAGAUCAGAUGCUGUUGAACCUGUUCUAUGUCUGUCCUUGUUCCCCAAUGAGUUUUCUGUCAAGGAUAAAGUUAAAAAUUGGGUUAGGGUUUUCUCAGGUUUUGACAAAGUUGAGGUCAAGGCUCUUGAGAAGAUGUUGGAACAAAAGCAAAGGUUACAACAAGAGAUGAGGAGGUAUCUUUCUUUAAGACAGACGCCGCAGGAUGGUGAUCCAGCUGAGCUCCAAAAGAAAGUAAUGUUAUGCUUCCGCAUUAUGUCACAUUGUUUUACUGACACUGCAAAAGCAGAGGAAAACUUUCAGAUCCUUGACCAGUUAAAAGAUGCCAAUGUGUGGAAGAUAUUAGGAGUUCUCCUUGAUCCGAAUACCGACUCUCUUCAUGCUUGUAACUCUCGGGAUGAUUUGCUUAAGAUCCUUGGUGAGAAGCAUCCGCUGUAUGAUUUCCUGAGCAUUCUGUCCUUAAAAUGCUCAUACAUACUUUUCAGUAAGGAGCAUGUGCGAGACAUCCUUCUGGAGGUCAAUUUACAUAAAAGUGCUGGAAGUAGCCAUCUGAUUCUAUCAUGCAUGACUGUACUUGUGAUUCUUGCACGUUUCAGUCCUCUGCUUCUCAGUGGCCUUGAAGAAAAUCUGAUACAUCUUCUUGAAGAUGACAAUGAGAUAAUUAAAGAAGGUGUUCUACAUAUUUUAGCAAAGGCUGGUGGAUCCAUUCGAGAACAAUUAGGAGUUUCAUCAAGAUCUUUAGACCUUAUGCUUGAGAGGUUCUGUGUUGAGGGUAGUCGGAGGCAGGCAAAGUAUGCUGUGCAUGCUCUGGCAUCAAUAACAACAGAUGAUGGUCUCAUGUCACUCUCUGUUUUGUACAAGAGGCUUGUUGAUAUGCUCAAGGAGAAGUCUCAUUUGGCUGCUGUUCUGCAGUCUCUUGGAUGUAUAGCACAAACUGCUAUGCCGGUCUUUGAAACAAGGGAAAGUGAGAUCGAAGAGUUCAUAAAGAAAAGUAUAUUAGAGUGCAACCAAGCAUCAACAGAUGAUGGGAAAGACUCUUGGGGGAAUAGGAGUGAGAUUUGUUUAUUGAAGAUUUUUGGCAUCAAAACAUUGGUCAAAAGCUAUUUGCCAGUAAAAGAUGCUCAUCUUCGUUCGGGGAUUGAUGACUUGGUGUUGAUCCUUAAAAAUAUUCUCUGCUUUGGUGAAAUCUCCAAAGAAAUUCAGUCAAGUUCAGUAGAUAAGGCUCAUCUGAGACUUGCUGCAGCAAAGGCUGUUCUUCGCCUAUCGAAACACUGGGAGCAUAAGAUUCCUGUAGAUGUCUUUUAUUUAACCCUGAGAACUCCAGAGGCCAAUUUCCCUCAAGUAAAAAAGCUAUUUCUGAACAAAGUUCACCAGUACAUAAAGGACCGGCUUUUGGAUCCGAAGUAUGCUUGUGCCUUCUUUCUUGACAUGAAACCUGAGCAAGUCAAUAUUGAAGAGGUUAAAAACAACUUAAGUGACAUAAUUCAGAUGUGUCAACAAGGGAAAGCAAGACAUCUCUCUUCACAAUCUGAUGCUAAUGCUCCUAUGGGCUAUCCUGAAUACAUUUUACCAUAUUUGGUCCAUGCUCUUGCUCAUCAUCCAUUGUUUCCUAACAUUGAAGAAUGCAAAGAUGUUAAAGCAUUUGAACCUUUUUAUAGGCAGUUGCAUUUAUUCCUCUCAAUGUUCAUGCAUAGAGAUGAAGAUGGCAAAUCUCAAAUUAGCAAGGAUCAGGAGAAGGAAAGUAUUGCAGCAAUAAACUCUAUUUUGCAUAGUGUCAAGCAAUCACAAGAUGCUGUAGAUGCUACAAAAUCUAAGAACUUGUAUGGUAUUUCCGACCUUGGCCUUUCAAUCAUAAAGCGCUUGGCCUCAAAACAAGAUGAUGCUCUGGAAUUGAACACACUGGUGCCACUACCUACAAUGCUUUUCAAACAGCCUGAGAAGGAUGAAGGAAAUGACACUUCUCCGGUUGAAGAACAGACAUGGCUGACUGAUGAGAAAGUCUUGGUCCAAUUUGAGACACUUAUGUUGGAAACUAAUGGAAAAGUUAAUGCUGAAAUUACUGAAUCUGACAUAAUGAAAGAUAUUGAAACAGAUGGAAAUGAGAUGCCUUUAGGGAAAAUUAUGAAACGGCUAAAAGCCAAGGGAUCCAAGGCUCGCAAUGAGGUAAAGAAUGAAUCUACCCUUGCUGAGGUGAAAAAUGAUGUGGAUGAUGAUAUCUUGAAAAUGGUGAGGGAAAUUAAUUCAGACAGUGUUGUCAAUCCUAAUAAGUUUGAAUCAAGCAAUGGCCAUGAGUAUGUUGGAAAAGUAAAAAGCAGUACCAAACAUCAAAAAAGAAAAACAGAUGGUAGUGAUUCGACAGAUGGUCCUGUUCCUAAAAAGCGGAGGUCAUCUGCUCAGGCUCUUAAGCCAUCUCCCGCAUCAAAGAAUGAGAAGCCUAACAAGAAGCUUAAGGCAAGUGCCUCAAACUCCACUGAAGGGGAUGAUGACCUUCACUCUGUUUCAGAAGAUAAGUCGUUGGAAGAAGAUACUGUUUCAGAAGAUAAGUUGUUGAACUCAUGCAUCCGCAAGAAUUCAACCCCUUCAGCAAAAAGAAAGCGGAAGGUUUCGGAUUUGGACCAUGAAGUUGACACUAAGGACUACCAUGAAGUGAAAAAGUCUAAAGAAAAUAUUGCAACUGAUGGGACACAUAUCUCAAAUGAUUCCAAGUCAGGAUCUAUGAAGAAGCAGAAGAGGAGAAACAUUUCUGGGUUGGCAAAGUGCACUUCGAAGGGUGGCGAAAGUCCAACCACGGAGGACUUGAUUGGUUGCCGAAUAAAAGUUUGGUGGCCCAUGGAUAAGCAGUUCUAUGAAGGAGUUAUAAAGUCCUUCGACACCCAGAAGAAAAAACAUGUGAUAUUAUAUAAUGAUGGAGAUGUUGAAGUCCUCCGGUUGGAUAAGGAGCGCUGGGAGCUUGUUGAUGGUGGAGAGAAGCCUGUUAAGCGAUCAAAAUCGUCAAAGAGUGCAUCGUCCAAGGGAGUAUCUGGUGAUAAGAAAGGGAGAUCUUCGGGUGGAUCUGGGCAAAAGAAAGUGAUGAGUCAUAUGUCUCCAUUAUCACAAGUAAGAGGGAAGAGAACUCCAAGAAAGAAUUUGAAAUACGGACAAAAAGGCAUAUCAAAGAGUAGGUCCCUAGUUGAUUAUUUCGAAUCAGAUAAAGGCAAACGAGAAGAAAUCAUGGAGAAGAGUUUAUCUGACCACGAGCAGUCUGAGAAGGACGACGAAAUAUCACUUUCUGAUGGGAAACGAGGUGAUGAUGAUGAUGCUGAGAAUGAAUCGGGUGACGUGGGAGAGUCCAAAGAGGAAAGCCAAUCUGAAAAUAAAGAAGCGGAAGAACCAGGCACUCCCCACGAUGCACCCGUGUCUGAUGAACAAGAAAUGUCGUCUUCUUCAGAUGAGAAACCACAGGAAGAGAUAUCGGCAGAAAAGUGUUCAGACGAGGAGCAUGAAGUCGAGGAGAAACCAGAUAGUCCAGGCAGUCCAAUGGAUGAUGAAGCAGGAAGCCAUCCCACAGAUGAAGAUGAAUCUGAAGAGACUACUACUCCUGCCGACGCAGAUUUUUCUGACGAUGAGACUCUUAGCAUGUGGAAGCGUCGGGUAGGGAAACCAGCUCAGAGGAAAUGAGUGAGCAGACAGCAGCAGUAAAUGGCUUAUUCUAUGAACCAGUUUAGCGACAAGUGCAGCCCCCGGGCAGUCUCCAUGUACUAUUAUUUUAGAUGACCUAGUAGAAGAUUUAGCCAUUAAUCCUCGAAAAUAAUCAUAAAUUGUGAAGUACAGAUAACCUUUAUAGCAAACGGUAGCGCAAAGGAUGGAUGGAGUUUAGCGUUUAGCAUAAUUAUGGCUCCCAACGACAUUUGUGUAGCUGUCCUGAGCCGUGUUGUUGUAGUCGACUUUUAGGCCUCCUGUACAGCUCUAAUGUAGCAAGCAAGAUAGCCGCCACCACAAUUUACCCAGUUAGCUUUACCUACCUUGUGCAGGAGCUUAGGUUUUGUUGUACUAUUGCUUUUUUGAGUUUUGUAUAUCUGCCAUUCCCUAUACAAAGUAAUAUCAUUUGCAUUUGUGGGUGCGUAAA